AUGGGAGCUAAUCGACGCAGUCAAUACCAAAGUAGUGAAACGCGUACGUCUGGACGGCAUAAUAUUUCACGCAAUAGAUAUACGAAACGUUAUGAAUCAAAGGACAAAGAAAAAGACAAUGGAAUUUUAGUAAACACACGGUAUACGUGUGUUUUGCUAGUAAUAGCCGUAAUAGUUGCAGUGGCCCAUAGGAAUCAUAUUGCCAACUUGUUUGAAAGUGAUCGGCAUUUCUCCCACUUGUCAACUCUGGAAAGAGAACUUGGUUUUCGUACAGAAAUGGGCCUUUAUUAUUCGUAUUUCAAAACGAUGAUUGAAUCUGAGACAUUCUUUACUGGCCUGACGUCCAUCAUGUAUGACAACAUCACAGAAUACCCGCUGAUCAUCAAUGCUUUCAAGAGAUUCAACUUGUACCCUGAGGUGGCGUUAGGUGCUGGGUACAGAACAUAUGAAGCUGUGAAUGCCUACUUCAACCGUCGGACAAAACAGUGCUGGCAGAUCAAUAGGGGGGAGGGCUUGUCGCCUGUUUUAAGCUGUGACGGGCUUGGAGAACCAUCUUACUUCUAUGUUGAAUCCAUUUUCUGCCUGAAUGGGAUUAUGAUUGGCAUAUUCUUUCUUUUUGGUUCAUAUCUGAGUGGCAGCUUGUUUGGUGGACUGUUGACAGUGUCCUGUUUCUUCUACAACCAUGGGGAGGCAACGAGAGUGCAGUGGACGCCUCCUCUGAGAGAGAGUUUCUCGUACCCAUUCCAUGUUAUACAGAUGUUUUUAGUAACCCAUGUAUUAAGGAUCAAAGAUCCGGGUUUCCGACACAGCUUACUCAUAUCUUCAGUCACCGUUUGUUUCAUGUUGCCUUGGCAGUUUGCUCAGUUUGCUUUGCUCACCCAGGCAGUGGCUGUGUUCGGCACAUAUGUCUUGCAGUACAUCGAUGCCCAGAAGUUCAAGGUUAUUCUUUUAGGGCAAACCAUGGGACUGGUUAUUAGCUAUAUACUGCUGUUUAGAAAUGAAAUGUUGUUAACUUCUUUCUUUGCAUCUUGCAUCAUGACACUGUGGGCCAUCGUUUCCUUAGAAAACUUCAUUGAAAAGUUGAAAUUUAGAAUCGUCAUUUGGAGUGUUCAAGGACUUUUGUUAGCUGUUGGAACAGUUGGUUUUAAAAUCGUUAUCUCAAGACUGUUUUCCACUGCUGAUGAUGCUCAUAUAGGUGAAAUAUUUAAAAGCAAAUUUUCCGAUUUCAAGAAUUUUCACACAAUGCUUUAUACAUGUGCUAAAGAAUUUGACUUCAUAGAGCAAGAUACAUUUUGGAGAUUGCUGUAUACUCUACUGUUGCCGUCUGCAGUAGUUGCCAUGCUUUCUGUACUUGUGUUUCUCAUAAACAAAGAAUAUUCCAAUUGGAGAUAUCCUCCUACAUCAAAUGGUGCAAGUUCAGGUGAUGAAAUAAAACCAAAAGGGAAGCCACAUGCUGAGCUUGUCUAUCACUUGUUGCAACAUAUCGCAUUUGCCAUGAUGGCAUUCAUGAUAAUGAGACUGAAGCUGUUCUGGACUCCACAUCUGUGUUUGAUGACGUCUGUGUUAGCAUCAGGACAGAUUUUCAGUUUCAUUAAAAGGAAGGACAUCCAUUUUGCCUUGCUGGCUCUCUUGUUGGCUGGUAUGAGUGUUAAAGGAUUUGGAAAUCUUCAGCAGCAGUGGAGCAUUAAGGGAGAGUUCAGCAAUGUACCCAUGGAGGAACUGAUUGAAUGGGUUAAUACCAAGACUGAUAGAAAUGCAGUGUUUGGUGGACCAAUGCCUAUAAUGGCUACUAUAAAGCUUUGUACACAACGUCCAAUUGUCAAUCACCCACACUAUGAAGAUGCUGGUCUCAGAGCAAGAACAAUGAAAGUCUACAGCGUAUUCAGUCGAAAACCCAUUGAAGAAGUGCAGCAGAAUUUCAGAGAUCUUAAGAUGGAUUAUUUGAUUCUUGAAUACUCGUGGUGUCUCUCAGGUGGCAAAGAAGGCUGCUCUCUGCCUGAAGUGUGGGAUAUCGAAGACCCAGCGAACCGUGGAAAGACUGCCGUCUGCAUCAUGUUGCGGGAUAAUCCUGAGCCACAUUUUGAUCGGGUCUUUCACAACAGGGAUUAUGACGUGCUCAAAAUCUUGAAGUCAUAAUGCAAGUUUUGUUGAUUCUGAACAAAUGUUUUAUUGUUUCUGGACAAAGUUUCUUAUAUUUUCUGAACAGUUCAAGUUAAAUUUGAAAUUAAAAAAACUUUUAAUGUUGUUAUAGAUCUGAAUUUUAAUUGCAUUUCCAUGACAUAUUUUACAGACCAAAUAUAUUUAGAAUAUCACAUAUUUUAUUAUAUUCAUGUCUAGAUUUUUAAAUACAUUUAUCACCAAAUGUAUUUUUCAUUUGUUUGUAACAUAUUUGUGUUUUCACAGUUUAUUUUGUUAAUAUUUGUCAAGCUUUACUGCCAAAACAGUCAGAAAAAUUGUGAAGAGAAGAGUGUCAAAAUAAUAUUAAAAAAAAAAUUGUCUUCAAUAGUAAAUUUAAACCUAUUUUUAUUUUUUGCACAUAAUUUGGCCAAUUUGAACCUUACUGGCACAAUUAAACACACAUAUGAAGUUUACUCAAACAGCUUAGGCAUUUUCAGUUUUAUUUGUUGUUUAUAAGCAGAUUUUGGGAAGGGGUUGGUUCCAUUUUAUUUAAAGAAGAAAUCGUGGAAUAAAUAAAUUACAUUUUGUGUAAUUGUUAUAUAAAGAAAAUAUAGCUUAUGGAAUUGUUUACUGUUGAUAUUUUUUUUAUCAAUGAAACGUUUUAUCACAAGGGAACUAGGAAUUUUUUUUUUUAAACUACAUUUUAAUUUUUCAUUAAUAAUCUUCAAAAAUGUUUAUCAGUGGGUUUAUUAUUCAGCAAAGAAAUUUAGGGUUAGGUUGUAAUCUUGUCUCCUGCUGUUAAUGUUUAACUACAGUAUAAUGAUACUCAUUGCAUAAUUGUCAUAUUGAAUUUAGAAUCCUGAUUUUCACCUACCAUAAGUCUCUUCAUAAUAUGUAUGCAGUCAGAACUACUUAAGUUUUGUGUUUGGUAAACCUUACACUUAAUUUGAUGAACAAAGCAUUUGAUGAUGUUAUUCUUUUUAUUGUCAUCAUCAUUAUUUGGAAAAUUGUUUUUCCAUAUGUGGGAAUUUCCCAAGAGCCAAAAACAAGUCUAUUUUUUAACUGUCUCAAUUUUGUUUUAAUUUCAUGUUGAAUAGUCAAGUACUAUUAAAAAUAUUGAAAAUCCCAUUGUGUCAUACCACCACAGUAAACUGCUGUAUAAAUAAUACAUACUGUUAGUAUUUUUUAUUAACCAAAACAUAAGUAUUGCUGUAAUAUAUACAGUGAAACCUCUCAAAAUCAGAUUCUUUGUAAACAUGAAUUCCUUCAAAAUUGGAUAUUUUCAUGAUCCCUUUUUCAGAUAUCAGUACAGAACAUAACCCCUUUAAACCACCCCUUAAAAUCUGACUUUUUACUUGGUCCCAUGGGUGUCCAGUUUAGAGAGGUUUCAUUGUAUUAAUUUUAAUGAAGAUUGUAUUUGAUAAGCAUGGAAGUCUUUCAGAUAAAGCAUAUGGAUUUUGGGUGCUUUUAAGAAAUAUUCAACUUUCUUUUUGUUAAGACUAUGCAAUUGUAUGAAUGGUCCAGAUAUUUGUUUGAAAUGUGAAGCUUAUUCUACAGUAUGAGAAGGUUGUGUAAGAUUUUGGAGAAAAACCCACUUGAUUGAUGUUUAGUGAAUCAAUAUACAUGCACUUGGGACAGUAAUAUGAAUAGCAGAUUCACGGAUUUAUUUCUAAAGUUUGUUUCUCGGUUUGUUAAUAUCGGUAAGAGAGAGAAAAGUUUCGAAAGACUGACAUUUGAAUAAUUGCUCUUUGACUGUACUUAUGUUAGUUUUGAAAAUAUGUAAAUAAAAUUGAAAUAUUGUACAGUAGUGAACAUAAUAAUGUAUUAUGUAAAACACCAUUAGCCAUUAAGCCAUUAUAAUAUAAUUUAGUUAUUGAUACUCAUUGAGUUAUUGAUUUUGUCAUUAAUAGUAUCUCUACGAUGACCAGUAUUGCAAAUUAUCAGCACUAAUGCAAUGUUUGCAAUUGUUUUAAAAUUUAUGGUUUUCAUUAAUUAUCACUAUAAUAUUACAGUUUUCAUCAAUUAUUACUAUAUUAUAGUUUCCAUAAUUACUACAUUAACUAUAUUUAUAGUUCUGUUAGUUUAUUACUGCAUUCUGUAAUCCAUCAUGAAAAAUAUCUCAAUAUAUAAAUAUGCCAACAGCAGAUAUAGACUUUAUUUUGUUACUGUAUAUUUUGCAAUCAUGGUAGAGUGUUUAAAGCUGUAAUCUUCUCAAUCCAUUUGAUAAAAUAUUGUUUCUUGAUGCAAAUUAAAAAUACAGUGAUAGACAAUAUGACAAGCAGGUCUCUCAUUAAAAUGUUUUGAUACAUUAUCACAUUAAACACUGGAGAAGACAUCUCACAUUUUGUGCAAUACAUUUUUAUAUGACUUUGAUUAAUAAUUGUGUCUAAAAGAUAUUAAAGAAUGGCAUAUCAUGGUGGGGGAUAUUGUGGAUAAUCCUUUUUGCAUGGUUAAGUAUUAAUAAAUACAUGCAAGAUUACAGCUUUUAUAGACUGAGUAGUGUUAUCUUGCAACAAUCUCACUUGCUUCACGAAUGCUUUCUGCCUCAGUAUAACAGCUUUGUUGUCUCAAAUUUUAUCUUGUGUUGAUUUGUAUUUGCAUAUUUUGUUCAUUACCCAUUUGUUUGUACAUUUGUGUUACAGAUAUCACAUAUUGAAGUUAUACAUUUUGCAUAGACAUUAAUUUUUAACUUGUUUGCUUUAGCUUUAUUUUGCUUUAUACCAUAAUCAUUAUACUAUUAAUUGAGUUAAAUAUGAAUACUGUUCUUCCUACAAGCAUAUUCAUUUGUUCUAUAUUCUUGACAAAGACAUCAGUGUAUUUGAGGUUUUGUUUUAACCACAGUAUAGGGCUGUUGGGUGUGCAAUUGAUGAUGGAUUGGUUUACUUUGAACAUGUUUACAGUAACUUUUUCAGAUACACAUUUUAGCUUUCUAAUCUAAAAAUGUACUUUCCUUACUACCGGUGUUCAUUAUUAGUGACAGAAUUAUUCUUUACAUGAGUUAAUUUCUAUUACUUUUGUGUUGGAAAACAUGAACUUAGAAGAAAAUGUGUUAUUGCAUUCAAAAUCAUUCCUCAGGGACCGAAAUAGUGGCCUGUUAAAAGCAGUCCAUUUUUUGUCUCAUUUUUCCAAUGACUGAGUGGAGAAGGCAUCAACUUGUGCAUUUAGCUCUAUGUUAAAGUUUUGCUUUUAGCUCCAUUUCUCACAAGCUAUAAGUGCUAUAUCAGUGAAACUUUGUAUAUAGUUACAUAUAUGAAUGUUCAUCUCAGUUACAUGUUUUAAAAACAAAAAUUAAAUUUAAAUUAAAAUUUUAUUUUUAUUUUUUAAAUUUCAUUUUGUUUUUAAGUUUAAUUUAAAAAACAAUAUAUAUAUAUAUAUAUAUAUAUAUACUGUAGGUCCUGAAAUUAAUGCGAUCAUAAUAUUAUGCAUUUAUUUCUGUUUUGUAUACUUGUCCCACGUUAUUAAAACAUAACCCGUCAAAAAUAAAAAUUAAGAUUCUAAUAUAUUUAUAAAACAGAACUGGACAACAAUUCAUUGUAGGUGAGACAGACUAAUUGUUGAAUAGUCCAGCAAGUUAUGUGUCACACGCUAUUAAAACAAACAAAGGUUAAAUUUCUAAUACAUUUAAAAAACAACUGGAGCACAAUUCAUCGUAGACGAGACAGACUAAGUGUCCAAUAGUCCAGCCAUGUAUGAUGAUUGCAGGGUCUUUGGCCACCCUGUCAAAAUCCGACAUGAUCCAUCACACGUGAAUGGGUUUUAACAUGCUAAUAUUGCAGUUGAUCUUUUCUUUGUCUUUACUGUUCAAGUUCCCUGCAACUGUGUUGACAUACAGUUGUAAUGAUACAUGUAUGCUAAUGUUUAGCCAGAUUUAGGUUACUAUACACAUUAUGUAAAUGAUUGCCGCAAAAAUAUGCUUUGAGUUGAUCUCACCAAAAACAUUAGGGACUAAACAGGUUAACUGAUGUGUACACAGACAUGUUAGUGAGUUGAUCUCAUUGAAGAUGCCUUUAACUUGGAUUUAACAAAAAAGUACACAGACGUGUGGUGUUAGGGAAGUUAAUAUUUCAAAGGGAGGCCACUCGUAUUAAUUUCAAUUCACAUUUUAGUCUGUCCACCGUUGCUCGCAUUAAUUUAGACAUGCAUAGAGAAGAACAUCCAAUACAUUUAUAGUAGGAAAGCCAUUUAAUUCUGCGGAAUCCUUGUUUUGACCUAGCUGGUGAGAGAAAUUCACCUGCUAACCCAACUCCCCCAGCAAAUCACAGACUAUUAAUCAAGAGACAUAUCUAAAUGCUGAAUUAUUUCAUCUGCUAUUUAAAUUGUGAUUCUAUUGUGAUUUUAAUUCCAUAAUGCUCUAAAAUACAUCUUGGAGGUUCUAAUUUGUUUACACACAAUCCCAACCACCCACCCACCCUCACCCAGUGCUAUCCUAUUUCCAGCUAGCCAUAUUGUUUCUUAGCAGGACAUAUAUCUUUUGGUCUGCUAUUUGAAAAAUAAAAAUAAGAGCAAUCCAUAUUUUACUUCCUAUUUCGAAUCCUCUUUAUUUGUAAAAGACUAGUAUAUUGAAUACUUUGUUAUUUGCAUACACUACACUACAAAUAUGAGUAUCCAUUGGUAAUUCACAUUGUAUAAUUUGCUGUUUUUUCCUUCCAAGUAAAAUAAAAAUAUAUGUACAAGAUCAAAAUUGAACAUCAUAUCAGCAGUAAUGCAUCUUCAAAUGGCCAAUGAAUGUCUUCCAAUGAAGUUUUUGAAGUCUUUUUAUGAAUUCUGUAAUAAUAUUUGUACCCUGAUAAAACAAUAUCUGUGUCAAAGACUUGGGGUUUUGAAAUCAGGAUAGAAGUAUUUGAUAGAUGGAUGUCAAGUAGAGAAUCAUAAAGAAUGUGUUUUUUUAUCAUAUGAGGGAAAUUGACUGAUGGAAAAUUGAAAUAUCGAUGUCUACCACUGUCAAUAUCUAUGCAGUUUUUUUAAUAUAUUAUUUUGAUUAAGUUGGAUUCGUAUAUAUAGAGAACACAUGAAGGUAACUAAUGAAAAUGAAUGAUAUAUUUUGCUUGUGUAAUGUACAUUAUUUUUAAAUAAGUACUUGUUAUUGAUGGUGUUGGAAUGAAAUUAAUUGCAUUUGUGUUUUGAAGUUUUUGCCAUUUGUUUGUUUUAGAUAAUAGUAUUGUUGCAUUGUUCUACAGUGUGUACUUUCACAAAUGCUUGAAGUUUUAAGAUGUGGUGUUAUUUGUUUGUAAAGUUCUACAACCAGAAUUAAUUAUACAUAUCAGAAUCUUUAACAAUGAACAUUUGGAACAUUUUAGUAAUCCUUCCAAAAUAUCUUUAUAAAACAUAAUUAAUAAUAAUAACCACUAAGACUGUUUGUAGUUACACCUUGAAUACAUGUAAAUAGAUAAGAUUUGACUUUUCUAGUUUAUGAAAGUACACUAAAUAACCUGAAGUCCCAGUGGGUUUUUUCUGUGGAGUUUUUCUGCUUGGUUGUGUUGCCAGCUAUGAUAUUUCUUAAUUAUAAUUCAGUAGUUUUAAAGAAUAUGAUAUA